AAACCAGAAUUUCUGCCAAUCUAAUUAAUGCACAUACAGCAUCGGACAAUACGAACAUUUACCACCGAUGAUUGUUUAUUAACUGUUUCCGUCAGCAAAACAAAUCCAGGCACGUGCAACCCUGCAGCUCGAGGAAGCGAUGACACUGGUCCUGUCCAUAAACCCUUUCUUUGAUCAUGAAGCUGAAGCUGCACCGCCAAUUUACCAACCAGUCUGGGAGUCUGAACGCAGGAAUCCCAACCACCUUACACCUGAGGGCGACACCCACAAGCUCAGUAGGGAGCCUGCUUGCAGACAAAUCACUUACUUCAAGAGGAAAUACAUGGAGGACGAGGAUUCUCUGAUAAAAUUCAGAAGUUACAGUUACACUGGGUCUCAAGUAGAAUCUCUGGAGGAGCACUCUCAUGUGCUUCAUCUCUCUUUGGAUAAGAUGCGCUUUACUGAUGAUCCUGAAGCUUUUCUGCGCCGCUCCGUUCUCAUCAACAACCUCCUGCGCCGCCUCCGAACCGAAAUCCUUCUCCACAGGGCGUGGUCUUUCAUGCCAGGUCCUGCCCCUGUUUCCUUGACAAUGCCGAUCUUUACCCAUCCGGACCGGGGCCAUAAGAGGUUGCGUUUGCUUCAGGAGGAAAAAGAUGAGUGUCUUUCUGAUUGUUGUUGCUUCUAUGAAGCGAGUCGCUAUGUGCGAUUCCCAGUGUGCAUUUAUAAACAGAAAAUUGAACCUUCAUCAUCCUCGCCAUUAUUAACAAAUGACCUUGAGCAACAUUUAGAUGAGGAAGAGGUCAGUGAGGAAGAACGCAACACAGAGGAGGAUCUUGACUCUCUUUGUCCCGGAUUGGACCAGUGCGAAGCUAUGUUACGAGCAAAACAACAAAGUAUAAAAGAUAAACAAGAUGCAAAUGUUGGAAAUGGCAAUGAAACAGGACACCAGGGGGCGCUAGUUUGGGAUCAGCAAGGGAGAAAAUAG